AUCAAAAGUGCAUCAUAAAAUGAAGUGCCGGAAGCAAAGUGCAGUUUUUCGUUUUAUUUCGAUCGGUGCCGUAUCCUUGCUAGUCAUGCUUCAAUUCACAUAUGGAUUCAAAUUAAUUCAACCGUGGUCUGACGAAAAACCGGUGUGCAGUAACAAUAAUCACAGGCUGCUUUCGUUGUUCAAUCUGCUUUGCAAUGCAACCCAAUCAACGUCCAUUACCACCCGAGAUGCUUGCUAUGGGUGCUUUUUCCGGGCAGGAGUUCUUCCGGCCGGGCAGACUCAGUUAGCAGCAGUAAGCCAAUGUGCAACGAUUUAUCUGAUGAAUAGCAACUACGCCCUGUGUGCAGCGUCAUUAGCGGCAAUCGUCACCGGAAUGCGACCAACGACCGCUCCCGCAUAUGGGACAAACUGUUAUACUGGAUAUUGCGAGUUUGUCCGGUGCGUUCGCCGAGAAAACGCCAACUCGCUAAUCAAUCAAUGCAUCCUACAAACGCUUGCCAACAAGGAUCUCAACGUUGAGUCCCAACGCGUUGGCUUCUACGUUAAUGCAACGUCGUGUAUUCUUGCGCGAACCCGAUGUGAUACAUACAACCCAAUCACCGGCGAACUUCAAACCCCUUACGGGACUAACACUCCACUGGGUAUAAGAAACGUGGACAUCCUGUCGAAUGCUCUUCAAAUAUCACCUAUUGGCGACAUCCGAGUGGUUACUUUCCCAACAAAGAUUAUUUCAGCGGACCUGUUCUGUUCAAGUCGAACCUUUCUCGAUCAAUCAACAUUUGGAGAUUCAACGUGUUAGAAUAA